CAGUCAGUCAGUCGUUUUCCAGAAACCGUUGAGAAAAGUGCAUUCGGAAGAUAGUCGCUGUUUACGCGCGCGUUUCUUCAAUCCGCUGGGGUCGUUUUUUUCCCAGUAUCCUUUGGAACUUUGAGAAGUUUUUGUGAAGUUAUAAGAAAACGUGAUUGUUUUGUUCUAAUGCUAAUUGCUAAACGCAAUCGUAUUGUGAAAGAUCUGUGUUUUCGUGAUAAAAGGUGAAGGUAUUCUUCGUGAGGAAAAAAACACCAUCGAGUACACACGCACCCAAUCGCAUAGGGGAGUGUAGGCAGGUAGCCACUCGUCAUCGAAACGUGCAGUAAAAGGAAGUUCCAUCCGGGGGAAAAGCUUCCUCAGCUCGGCCUCAGAGAAGCCCUGAAGAAAGCUGAUGAUUUGGAUGAAGACUUUGCUGGGGGCGUGUGGUAAUGAAUAUUGAUUGAAUUAAUUACAAAUUAAAUGGAAUAAAAGUUUCGGCCGGAGAAGGUGCACUAUUGGUGCAGUAAAGGCAAAGGCAAUUUUGUGUUACUGGGAGAAAAGAGUGUAUGAUAUUGUGUAACUGGUUGUUAAUAGAGUUUUACGGUAGAGUUACUCUUCAGAGUGGGAAGUGACGUGUGACAGUGCCAAGACGAAAAAGGGGACUUGGAAUACACGACCGUGGCAGCUGGCAGAAAGGACGAACAAUAAACGCGAAAGUGUGUGUGCCUGAUAGUUCAAUCCCUCGAGUAAUGGUGGUGGUGGUGGUGGUUCAUUCAACUUGACCCGGAGAAUGACCGUUUCUUACUGACGACCCACCCUAUAUGGUAAACUGGAGGACAACCGUGUCCGCAGUUCGUCGUCAUCUUGAAGUGUUCACCGCGCUCGAAAGCUACAAUCCAACGACCACCGACUGAUGCUGCUGACGAUGCAAAUCGCCUAGGUCAAUCGCCGGCGAAUUACUGUAGCUACUGCUGAUGAUGAUGCCGAAUCCGAUUCCAAAGAGAUUGCACUGAUAAAACACACCAUCCUCCGAAGAUGUAAACUGGAGCCACAAAACUCCACUGGUAAAACCCAAUCUGUGAUUCCCGAUAGACGACAACCAACCGACCUAGACCUUACCGGACGACACCGAACGCCAUGGACACCAUCCAGGAAGUGACCACCAAACAGACAACGGAUGCCGGCGACGGUGCCGAAGAAGUGGACCAGCUCAAGGUGCCGGCCAUCGCGACGGACAAUGACACGACAAAAUCCUCGCAGGAUUCGUCCUUCACGGUGACCGAGUACAACUGCUCUUCACUGGUGGGGGAUGGCGAUAAUGCUGGGUCGGAAACUGUGGCUGCAAUGACGGCCGAAAUUAUCGAGCUUAUCAACGAUGGUAGUCUUCCGGAGAAGGAGGUUGUUGACGCUGACGCAGUCAGGGUGCUAAAUGGGGGCGAUGGAAGUGAUAGCGGGGUCGAAUUCGGCGGUAUCAGUGGUUCGUUGAACGAAACCGGGAUACUGCAGCGAGCUUUGAGUAAUAAUAGCGCCGGAUAUGCUAGCAGUUGUUGUGGACUGGAGGAAGGAAAUGGAGUUAGUGUUUCGUGUAAUUCCAGUAUGAUUAGUUAUAGCUCGGACGCGUAUGAUAAGACUGGAAGUACUAUUCUGCUCGGUGGUAGUAGAUUGAGUAACGACUACUGCGCAAGUGAAGGAGGUAGUGAAAGCUCGUCGGUAACGGGUGGCCCGGUGAGUUCGCUAAGAAAGUCGGGUAGUACCACUAAGAAGAAAGUAGCAAUGAAGGAGCCGUUAACUACCAGAUCUCCAAGAAAGUCGGCAGAUACUAGUUCUAUGGUCAGAAGUAGUUCGAGAUCCAGAGCGUCAUCCCUGGGACGAUCGGUUUCAUUGAAUUUGAAAACGCCUCCAACCUCGGCGUUAAAUGUCCGAGAAAGAGCCCGGUCUCGGGAGAAAAUCACCGCUUCCAAUGUUGCUAUUGGUAAAACUGUAGCAGCGGCAAAGCCAGUGCCACAAACGAGACGUCCGGCGAAGCCUGAUUCAUUGCCAACCGGCAUCAAAGAUGGAUCGCCUGCCUUACAAAGGGUCAGCGUAUCAAGAACGCCUUCUGUAACACGAGGUAGAACACCACUCGGAACUCCAACGGAUGAUGGCCGUUGGCCUUCGGUAGGUGGUAAGGGUAACACAACUCCUCGAAAUUCUGGUCGAGCCACUUCAGUGGCCCCAGAGGCACUCACGAUUAAAACUCGUGUCGGAACGAUAGCGUUGGAAGCGAAGGCAAGUUGUCCGCUGGACAAAUACGGCACUCUCCCACGACGGGCCAAAGAACGGUCUGCAGAGGAUUUGAAAGGGUCGAGUUCUCGCAGUGCGUCCGCUACUCGUGAUUCAAACCGAAUGACUUCCUCGCUCAUUAAAAAGCUACCAUCAUCCAAACAGGAAACCCCCACCAGAACCAUGCCAAGCUAUCCGAGAUUAGUGGGUGUGACCAAAAAGCUAGUCCAGAAAACCAAGAUCUAUCAUGAAACCAGCGUUCAAACGGCAAUCACCUGCAAGGAUGUGGAAGAUGCCUUCAACGGUCAUGCCAAAGAUAUCAAGAUAGAAGCGGUUGAAAUGUGCCACAAACAUACCCAGUCAGAUAUCCGUGACAAAGAGAUGGAAAAGUUAGAGGAGAAAGUCAAGAAGCUGACAGCGGAGUAUUCGACUUUGAUGACCAAGCACUCGGAGAAGAGCCAACUGGUGACGGCGCUGGAGCAAAAGCUACUGAAAGAACGCGAAGAAAAGUUGGCCGCCCAAAAGGAACUGCAGUGCAACAGCGAGCGAGUCUUGGGAAUGCUUGAAUCCGUUCAUGGGGUCCCAAUCGAGACGGGCGAAGAUUGCGACAGUCUGUUGAUUCUGGAGUCACAACUGCAACAGUCCGGAACGGUUCUCGAGAAGAAGCAGGCGGAAAUCUCCAAGCUGAAGAGCAUUUGCCGUGCGCUUCAGAACGAUAUGGAGCGCUCGCUGAAAAACCAAGAGGAACUUUUGAGACAGAAGACUGAACUGGAGGAGGAAUCGUGCGAGAUGCAGGACUUCCUCCAGGCCGAGAAAGCAUCCUGCAUGGAUGCGCUGAAGGACGCCGAGCUGGAGAUAUCCCAACUGAAGCAAUCGCUGGCGCAGCGGGAGAGCGAAAUCGACCGGCAGCAGGACGAGUGCCGGCAUCUGGUGCGAAUUGGGGAACAGAGAAGACAAGAGUUUCUCGGGAUGCAGGCCAAGUACAAUGCACUAGAAAGUAGAUCGAAAGAUAUACUCAUUCAGCAGGGUGCCGCUGUUUCCGGAGCAUCUGUGGCGUUAUCUGGCCUAGGUUCAAGGCUAGAUCAUCUGGUGGAGCAACUGAUUGCAUCGUACAAUAUUUCCGAGCAGGAUUUGGAGGACGUAAUUUACCACAACGAAGCGUAUACGAAUAGCAGCAGUGGCGACGGUAGUCCAGAAUCCGAACAACCAGGUAGCACCAAUCAGAACGGUCUUCAGAAGCAACAGCAAGAUUCCCCGCAGAAAUCCUGCAAGAGUGAUACUCCGUUGUCUCCUCAGCGGGGCCAAUCGUUCAUAGCUGCCGUUAUUAGUGCGAUUAAGAAUGCUACCAGCAAGACUGCAGCACUUAAAUCCAGUGCGUCAGCUGCUGCUUCCCGCGAGAAGAGGGACAUUUGCGGUCACGAAUCCGACUCGACGGAGAUGCUCGACUCCGAAACCGAACCGUGCCUGAUGAUGGACAACGUGCUGGAGGACGUCACGAUGCCGGAUUCCCACUCGCACAACAUGGUGUCAUCGUCGACGCGCAUUUCCCAAAUCGAGAUGCCAUCGUCGCUGGAAAGCGGUGCCAACAUGAUGAUCUCCCACGACGAAUCGCUGGACAAUUUGUCGCAGGCGAUCACCAACCGGCAGCAGAUCGAGCUGCAGUCCAGUAUUAUUGCCAGUGGGCGGUCGCCACGGUUCCGACGUUCGUGUAGCGGUUCGGAACAGCGGGGUGGAGCCGAUCAUACCUCUGCCAGCCACAGCUCAUCGCUGGAGGACGACGAGAACAGCUGCUGUGCCGAGGGGGCUUCCAUGGGUGAGAUGCCAUCGAUCUGCGAGUAUUGCAACGCUCAAUCGCUGGUCGACCAGGUGAUCGAUGUGGACAAUCUGAUCACCAAGUUGCUGAAAGUGUUGCGAAUCGUGCAGAUGGACAACGAUCAUUGCAUUCAGGAGCUGGUUUGUCACAAAAACAAGUUGGCAUUAACCAACGAGGAGAUACAGGAUCGCGUGAAAGAGUACGAAGAGUUGAAUGAAAAGCUGAAAGAUGAUCUCAAGGACGCCUCGCAACAGUUGGUGACACGUGGUACCGAGCUAGUCAAGAGCAAAGCCGAACUGCAAUCCCACCGGAUGGAGAUUGAUAAACUCAACGAAGACAUCUGCCAGCUGAGCACGCUGUGCAGCAAUAGCCAGAAUAGCAACAAUACAGUCUCAACCGGUGGCCUGGUGAUCAAUCGGGAAGAUAUCAUCAGUGCCCUCAAACUGUGGAACGACGUCGACUCGAUUCCAGAGCCGGACCUCAUUCAACACGUGGUUCAAGCCUGCAAUGAGAUUCCCAAACUGAAGGCUCGUCUACGGGAGAAGGAACAGCAGGUGGCCGCCAUGAUGGGCGGUAGUGGAGGGGCAAGCUUGGUGAUGACGGCUAGCUGGCACCAGGCGCUGAACGAAACCAAGCGGCAGUACGAAGCGAUUGAUCGAGCCUUAGAAACGCUUCACAGCGUACAAUCGGUGGUGGAGCAAUCGCCCGCCCUGAUGCAGCUGCAACGUGAUCUAGAAGAAACCAACUUCCAAGCGAUCUCGCUGGUGUCCCUGCCGGCACAUCUGAUGGCGCCGCAUCACCUCCAUCAGAAUGGAAACCUGGGGGCCUCUACGGCCAAUGGUACGGGAGAUGGCAGUAUCGACCUGAACGCGAACCAGACCAACGGAAAUAGCAACGGUUCGGUGGCGGUAGCAGGACUGCAGCUCAACCAACCGGAUUUUAUCGAUUCGACGGCAUAACGAUAGAACAGCCGAACGAAGUGAGGGUCACUGUCGAAGAUUUUUCCUGUUUUCUGAUUAUUAGAUAGUGAGAUAGAGUUUUUGCUCGUAGGUUUGUGUGUUUCAAAGUGAACGAGAUAUUGUGAUCAUUAAGCUAUAAAUAUUUAGUAACAUAAACUAUUCGUUAGGAUUGGGACAGUUUCAUUAGCCAAAACAAAAUCGCGAUCCGGAUAGUUCAUAUUGAGUAGAUAAAGGAAAAUCUGAACUAGGAUAAUAAGCAAAAACAAACCUUACAAAAUGUAGUAUUUUCAUGUUUCCUUGUUAUGCAUAAGAUAGUGUCCAAAGUAGCGAAAAUGAUGUUUCAACUAAACAAUUAUAUGCUAGGAUUAUGUGUAGAGCGCGCACAGGUCGGCGCGAUAGGAUGAUAGAAUAAAUUUUAAAG